AUGGGCCCGAGGUUUAGAAUGAUAUAUAUAUGUGAUCGAAUACCCGAGGUGGAACUUGGUCACGUAGAGGAGAAAAGAAAAAAAAAAAAAAAAAAGAAAAAGAGGGGAGGCUUCCGGCCCCUCAACCACACUGCAGCUCCCCUCAGACAUUGGGAUAGGCAAUGGAAGGGUGGGAUUGUCAGACUCACCAAUUUCUCAAUCGAAGGCGUGACGCUUCAAACGGGCUGGCGUCCCUCGCCGGAGCCCAAACCCAUCGACCUCACGAAACUCGAGACAGACAGCCAUCCCGACUGGAUUUCCUACCACUGCGCCUUUUACUCGGAUGGGUUCCGCCGGGGACAUUCCUACGCCAAGGCCUUCAUCCCGAGAACCCCGCGCCGCGAAGACACCUUCUUCGAGCAGUGGAUUGAACCGGGCUGGGACUGCCACCCGCAGGGCUCUCUGGUGCAGAAAGGAACAGGAACCGACACCUAUGCGCGAUGGACCAACGAGAUGAUUCAAUUCAUAGUGGAAAUGCCCCUUCCUGUCCAAGAGAAUCUGUUCUCGCCCAUAGACGGCAAACCAUCGACGGGAAGCAUAGCGGCCACGCUCGAGUUUGCUGAGCAACAACAGAAGGCGCGCGAGGAAGGUCGAGAAGAUUGGAGAGCGCUGGAGGAGGACGGCUCCAAGACGCUCAAGGCCAGAAUGGUCAAUGUGUCGUUGACUUUGUCCACGGAGAUCAAGCAACGCCUGCCUUCUGAGGGCGUUCGCUAG